ACCAGUUUAAACUUACUACAGAGAGUGUUUCCUGUUUUGAGACCUGUAGCAUUCACGCAUAGAAACGACUGAUAUAGCCACAAAAAAGGGAAGCGUAAUAUUUUGUCUUAUUUCAAGACAAAAAACAAAGGCGUUUUAUUGUCUUGAUUUUUGUUAGUAUUUUUUUCGUUGUUGUUGUGGUUGAUUUAAAUAAACGUUAAGCCACGGCAGAAUCCAUUCCAGCGUUGACGCUAACGUUAAAUCAGGUAAUUUAUAACGUUAGUUUCGGCAAGAACAACCAAAAUGCCGUCCCGCGUGGAGGACUACGAAGUGUUGUACACUAUAGGCUCCGGUUCUUAUGGACGAUGCCAGAAAAUAAGAAGAAAUAGUGACGGGAAGAUCCUGGUGUGGAAGGAGCUGGAUUAUGGCACCAUGGCAGAGAGUGAGAAACAGAUGCUGGUGUCAGAGGUCAAUCUCCUCAGGGAGCUCAAGCACCCCAACAUCGUGCGGUACUACGACCGCAUCAUCGACCGCACCAACACCACGCUGUACAUCGUCAUGGAGUACUGCGAAGGCGGGGAUCUGGCCAGUCUCAUCAGCCGGUGCAUCAAAGAAAGGCGUUAUUUGGAGGAGCAGUUCAUCCUGCGUGUCAUGGCGCAGCUCACCUUAGCCCUGAAGGAGUGCCACAGCCGGAGCGACGGCAGGGCCACGGUUCUUCAUCGGGACCUGAAACCAGCCAACAUCUUCCUCGACAUCAAGCAGAACGUCAAGCUCGGGGACUUCGGUCUGGCGAGGAUUCUGAACCACGACACGAGCUUUGCAAAGACUUUUGUUGGGACGCCGUACUACAUGUCUCCAGAGCAAAUAAACAGGAUGUCCUACAACGAGAAGUCAGAUAUCUGGUCUCUGGGAUGUUUGCUGUAUGAACUUUGUGCAUUAUCGCCUCCGUUCACAGCGUACAACCAGAAGGAGUUGGCAGAGAAGAUCAGAGAGGGGAAGUUCAGGAGAAUCCCCUUCCGGUACUCCGAAGAGCUCAACACCCUGCUCGGCAGAAUGCUCAACUUAAAGGACUACCUGAGGCCGUCCGUGGAGUCCAUCCUCCAGAGCAGUUUGUUGAGCGACAGCGUUGCCGAGGAGCAGAGAAAGGUGCAGGCGCGGGCCCACAGGAAGUCUGCAGGAUCGGACUGCGCCGCUCAGAAGCCGACUGAAGCGAUAGCCGUCUCUGUGGCCGAGCUCAAACUCCGAGAGCAGGCGCUGCGGGACAGAGAGCAGGCGCUGAAGGACCGGGAGGAGAGACUGGAGAAAAGGGAGCAGGAACUGUGCAUACGUGAGCGACUAUCUACUGAGAAGCUUGCACGAGCAGAGAGUUUACUGAAGAAUUACAGUCGGCUGCAGCAGAAGGACCAGACCCUGGCUUAUGGCAAAGACUUAGAUCCGGAGGAUCUGUCCCCCGGCAAGAAGAAAGUCCACUUUGCAGGUGAAAGCAAAGAGAACCAGCAGCCUGCUGGUCCAUACCAGGAUUUAAUGCUGCGGCGGCUGCAAACCGCUAACCUGCGCGCCCAAAAACUGAGUGAAGUGGAGAAAAUCUGUCAGUUCAAAAGCAGGCAGAUCCUCGGCAUCCGUUGAACAGAAAAAAGAAACGGUCCAAUUCAAGACUGAAUGUGAAAUUCUCAACACUGGAUGUAAAUUUAAUAAUUCACAUAUAUAGAUAUAUAUAGAUAUAUUUGCAUAGUAUUUAAAGUUUUAUUAUACACUGUGCGAGUGGUUUUAAAAUGAUAGGCAGCUAUUGCGAUUUUUAAUGCGCUUCGUAUAAUUUUUGCUUUAUUUAUGUGAGCCUUACGGAUUAUUUUGUAAAUAUUAAAAACUGAUUCCUUUGUGAAUAAA